AUGUUCUCCAGGGGCCACGAGAGGGGCCUCAGUGGACCAGAUCAACCCAAAGGGACAGAGGCACCUCAGAGUCCACACAAGUGGUCCAAGAGGAGGGAGCUGGGGGGGGGGGAGAGGCCUCAGAGCCCCAAGGUGGGUCACAGCCUGCGGAGGAAGCUCCAGAAGUACCUGCAGGGCCCGGCGCGGCCUGGGGAGCCCUCCAUCCACCAGCCCCAGGACCAGCACUCCCCUGUGGAUGUGCAGCAGGACAUGUUCAUCUGUGACCUGAAGAGAGACCCCUUCAGUGGGGAAUUCCCUGGACUCCACUCCUCCCUGCCCAACGGCCGCAGUCACACAGGGAUUCUAAACCCACCUGUGGCUGGGGAGUUGGAGCUGAACAGAGAGGGCUUCAUCAACGCCCCCUGUACUGUACGCACCAACGGCCCCACCACUAGCCUCCCCACUUCUCCCUCUGGAGAGAACAGCAGCUCUGAAUGUCAGGAUGGGUUCGGGGUUGUGGAGGACACACACAGGCCUUCUCCUAAUGAAGGGGAAGAAGAGGAGGAGGAGGAAGAUGAGGAGGGAGAGAAAGGGUCCAGUGACAUCGUCGAGCACAUACUGAAAGAGCUGCGAGGGAUCAACAAGAUCCAGGAGGAAAUCUCAGACCUGCGGCAUUACCUGACCUCUGUGAGGGGCUCUGUGGACGAGGUCUCCUGCUGUGUGGAUGCGGUGCUGAAUGAGAUGGGGGAACUCUGCUCCUAUGGAGCCUCAGCACCAGGACCCCAGACCCAGCUCUAUCCCCAGACCACUCAGAGGCUCAGCGUCAGGCGUGGCAGCCUGGGUAGACAGAAUGCCGUCACAGCCACCAGUCCUUUACUGGAGCGCCGGCACGGGUCUUGGGACAAAGACCCAGUGAUGAUGAUGAUGAUGAUGCCACCCCAGGGGUCACCUAAGAGAUGGAGAGAAAGGUUACCUACUUUCCAACCUGAACUACCCGACCAGGAGAACUCAGACCACAGCUCAGAUGUGCCCUGUUCAGGGCCAGGAUCCAGCCUCUCCUACCUGGAGCGGGGGUAUACCCAUGAUUGCCCCAGCACCAGCUCCCUGUCCUCCGGCCAAAGCUCCAACACUCUGGCCCGGGACACCAGGUACCGCUCUGGUAAGGCCGGGCUGCGGCAGAGCGGUUGGGCAUUGGCGGGCAUGCAGCAUAGUGUGAGUGGAGAUGGGUGGUGGAGCGGGGAGAACGGCUGGAGCGAAGAGGACGUCUGCUCCUGUAUGAACAGUGGAGAGGAGGUGGAGGACCACUGUGGAGGGCCAGGUGGCUGGGCCAGGUACACCACAGGAGAGACUAGCAGCACCCCAGGCCAGUCCUCCCACAGCAGCUCAGAGCACCUGUCCCUGCUGUUCGGCCGCAACAAAAGCUCCCCUUCCAGCUCUUCCAAUGUGGUGGACUGGCGGCCCCCCAGGCAGCAGGGCAGCGAUGGACACUUGGAGUGUGACUGUUCAGCCAACUGCCCAUACUCCCGGAGCUCCGGCUACCACACCAUGGACGCCUACACUGAUGAUGUGGGGAGCUGUGGGCCGUCCAGGAGCAUGAGUCACUCUACUGUGCUGCUCACAGACUGUGAUGAUGGCUACCUGGAGCUGCACUUCCCCUGUGACCACCGUCUGUCCUCAUUUGACGCCCUGGACAUGGGAUCUGCUAGGAGCCUGGACAGGGAGUGGACUGAACAGUCUCUCGCAGGACACGAAGCAGGAGAGUGGGGGUCGGGGAACCUGCCUAGCCCUGAGCCUGAGAACACCCAGCCCCUCAAUGUGGGAUUUGAUGUGAAGAGCAUUGGGAAGGCUGUGCUCACCUUCAGGUCGGCUCUGAAAGGGGCUCUGAGGAAGCUGGAGGGGUCCAGCCCGGAGCAUGGUAGAGAUGACAGUGAGUCUGAAGCAGCUCCCUCUCCUGUCAGACCCUGCUCCCCUGAACCUCCUGAGGGAGAGAUCACUCUGCCAACUGAUCACGUCUGCUCUGGGUCUCCACUGGAAGAAUACAGCGAGGCUUCAGUGUAUGUGGACUGCAGCCCAGCCCAAGAGAACCUGCCGUACUCCCUACAAGCAUCCCCAAAUGAAAGGACUCACUCCCCCUGCACCCCUACUGAAUAUCACUCCAUGGUGCAUUUAGAGCGCCGUGAAGAGUAUCAGACUGAUGCAGAACUGUCCAACCCAGAGCUGACACCAGACCACAGUCCUCCAGGAGGGGCCAGGCAGAGCCCAGCAGAGUCUAACCUCAGCCCAAGGGGGAUAGGGUUAAGUCUAACAGGGUUAAGUCCAAUAGGAGAGGACCAUGAUGGAGCUGAUCAGGAUGAGUUUAGUGAACAGGAUGCUGUCAGCCCUAAGGAACGCCUUGCAAAUCUGCAGCGCAUCCUGAAAGAAAAGAGACAGAGACGCAAACUCUCCAAAUCUUCCCAAGGAUCCCAGUCCACUUUCUCUGAGGAGGAGUUCAAUCCAGGUAGAUCUCCUUUCAUGUGUGCUACAGUAUUUGCAAGCCCAGCAAAAAAUAACUAAUCUAACACUUAUAUUCCCUAUGUACCUAAACUUUUAAAGAUUUUCUCUGACUGCAUUAGCCCAUGAUUUAUAAUAAUGAAUGUAGCAUUACACGGUUAUGAUUGAUCCUCCCACCUUUUGAUUGAAAAUGGUCACUAUUGAUUGCUAGUGUAGUUCAUCUGGUUAUUUGAUGUUAUUUUCUUCGCUAUUUAUAUCCAUUAACCCUAAUGUUGUCUUUUUUCAUGGAUGUUUCUUCCUUCCAGACGGCAGCAGAGAAGAUGACCAGGUUACUCUCAUGCAUUUCAAAUGAGCUCCCUUUUUAGUUAUGUUUUGUUGUUUUCAUUCACGCAGAUAUAUUUUGAGUUUUGAUGUGACUGUUGCAUUUGCCUUUGGGUGUUUUCAUAUCCUAUGCACGGUCCCCAUGUUUUUAUUUUGUCAUACCUUGAACGGAGGUGUUUUAACUCUGCUCGUAAUUUAUUAUUUAUUGUUUGCUCCUAAUGAAUGCAUUUUCAAAUGGCUUUAGAAUUAUGUUUUGAUUUAAUUAAAAGCACCUAUUAUUUCUCUACUUCAGAAGCUGAAUAGGGUAAAAUAAUGAUGUUCUUGGCAGCAAUAGAAACACUGUUGUGAAGUUGUUUUGUAGAUGCCAUAUUCUGAGCACAAGCUCCAGUGUUUACACACAGCAACCGAUCCUGCCUGGUUUCCUCAGAACUGUUUCAAACGCUGUCAGAACCUCCUAGUACAGGAGAGGGAGAGGAGAGCCCAGAUACCCAACUCUAGUCCCAUUAAUCUGAGAGGAGGAGGUGCACAGGCACUGAUGAAACACUUUACUUCAGAGGAAGAGAGAUGAAAUACAACUGUCGUUUUUUUCCAUGUUAUUGUACAAUUCCAAAAAAGUUCUCUGACGUGCUUCCCCCCCCCCCCCCAAAGUUAUCCCAGUUGUACUUUGAACAUCUGCGCAACAAAAACAAGUUGGUCCUUGUUUUAUUUGCAUCUGUACAUUGUUAGUGAUGUCGAACAGAAAACUGGUCAUUAAUAUGUUUCUCAUCUCUUUCCCUGUCUCAUUUUACAUGCACCUCCCUCUUGCUAUUGAUUUAUAUAUUUUUCAUCUUAUUUGAUCUAUUUUAGGCUUUUCAGUUUGGCAACAAUCAUUAGAUGCCAUGUAUGGAUCAAAUGUGAUCCUCUCCUUGUCUCAAGACAUUACUUAAAAUGGUGUUCUGAAUGUGUUCUCUAUGUACCAUCCAAGAGGUGAAACUCAACCAGCUGUGUGUCUUUCCAUUCUCUCUAACCUCUGUGUACCUUUUUAACAUAUAAAAAUAAGUAUAUUGCUGUGGUGUAAUAGCUGCAUCUGAAAACCUAAUGUGUUUUAAAUCCUGCAGGGACGAGAUGAUGGACCCAACUCCAGACAAGCUUGGAUCAAGCCAGGGUAAAUGAUGACGACACCCAAAUCAUUUAUUUCAAUGUUGAUUUAGAUUUGCCAUGCUUUUUUAAUGUGCUGAAAAAACUAAUGUAUCUGUUUCUGUAUGAGUACAAGGGUAUCAUUCUGUUCUGUUCCACAGCGGUGGAAGUGGUUUGUUUGGGAUUGACAGCAUGCCAGACCUUCGUAAGAGGAAGCCUAUACCCCUGGUCAGCGAUGUGGUAAGUGUUUCCUCCCAUCCUUGUCAGUGCUUAAAAUCUUAGUGCUGUUCUAUCUGUCAGUACAUGUUUUUCUAUCCUGUAAUACCGUCACAAGAGAAGCAUCUUGAUAAUUGAGGAUUAAAUUAAUAAUUUCAGUAUUUGCUUAAGGUAGAUCUGGUAAAAGAAAAAAAAAAAAAAGGUCAUAGCAUGAGGAAUCGCCAAGAUAUCACCCAAUGAGGCACAUGUGAAACCAGUCUUAUAAUCUCUCUCUCCCUCCUCUCUUAAUCCCUUAACUAUCCCCCACAACUUGCUUGAAUGCAAUCAUUUUCCUUGGUCAGGCUAUGGUAAGUGGAAAUAACCCAAUUGCCCCUCCCCUUUGUAGUCAGAAAUGUAAAGGCAAUACUGUAUAUCAAGUAGGACAAAUUGCACUGCUUGUGCAAAGCUGUACUGCAAACAAUGUGUACUAAUGUGCAACAAGGGUUUUAUGGUGCAAAUAAGUAACCAUAUGUCACCAUGCAACUGCACUGUAGUGUUCCUACUUGAUAUAAUAACUUAAAACAACAUUCCCUUCCUUGUAUUCUACCUCUCCCCUUAAUUCAUUCAUAUGAUUGGUUGAUUUUGUUCUGUUGGGUUUUUACUCUCCACCCUUACAUGCUGAACCAUGAACAGACCAUCACUACCAGGGUUUUAGCAAAAUCCACCAUUGGUAACACUCAAGCACCUGGGUUAAGUCUCUGUUUCUUCGACUGGUCAGUGAUGGUUCAGUUCUGCCCAUGUUGUCACCUCUUAUAUGACCUGUGUUGUAACAAUCCUUACAGGAGUUCCUUCCUUCAUCUGAUUUAGUUUGGGGUGUUAAAGCUCUAUGGGCCUUGGAUUACUCACUUGGGUAGUACACUCACUGGGUAAAGGUCCUAACAACUCAUUUCCAAAUUCAUCUAACACUUACAAUACUCAACCGAUCUUUGUAGUCACUGUUUGGGGUUAGUUGAAGGGUUAUGGUGAGUUACCAUGGCAACUAACAAUCUUCCUCUGUCAUCCAAGUCACUGGUCCAGGCCAGGAAGGCUGGAAUCACCUCUUCCAUGGCCGCACGGUCAUCCGUCAAAGACGAGGAGCUGGUGAGUACAUCAUGGGAUACAUAUUACUCUGAAAUAAUCAAAACUCUAUUCAAAUCUCACCAGAGAGUAACUCUGUGUUGUUUUUAUCACACUGCUUUGCUUUAUCUUGGCCAGGUCGCAGUUGUAAAUGAGAACUUGUUCUCAACUGGCUUACCUGGUUAAAUAAAGGUGAAAAAAAAAAAGAGAAGACCAAUAUCAUAGGAACAAGUCAAAUCUCAGUAUCCUCACUCGCUGCUCUCUCCUCCCUCCUCUGUAGAAGAACCACGUUUAUAAGAAGACCCUACAGGCUCUGAUCUACCCCAUCUCCUGCACCACGCCCCAUAACUUUGAGGUGUGGACAGCCACCACGCCCACCUACUGCUACGAGUGCGAGGGGCUGCUGUGGGGCAUCGCCCGCCAGGGCAUGAGGUGCUCCGAGUGCGGGGUCAAGUGUCACGAGAAGUGCCAGGAGCUGCUGAAUGCCGACUGCCUGCAGCGUAAGUACAGCACAGCGGAAGUUGGACUAAGAGACUUUCGCGAUGACAAAGCUUUAUUGCUGAGCUUAGUUGCCUAAUGCAGGCAAUCACAUGAUUGACAGUGUGUGAAAUGUCAAUUUGUAAUGGAUUUGUACUUUAUAAUUUCUCUGAUUGACAAGUUUGACACUUUUCCAGACUUUGUCUACAGAGUUUCUGGCUCAAACUUUCUUGUUUAAUUACUUUUACCUCAUCUCCAUCCCAGAAUACAGCUGUCAGUGAUAUAUAAAGUACUGUGGAAUUAUGGUGUACGUCAUUGGUUAUGAUUGAUGUUUCAGUGAAGACAUAAUUAUACAUCCACCUGAUUUUAAAUCAUUCUGAUGACUCGGACCUGAAAAUAAAUAGCUUAAACAACUGGAUAGAUAUAAACAGAUUUGCCUAUUUACAUCACAACCUUCACAUACUGCGCCAAAAAGAGACUGCUUGCUGAUUUUCUAGGUGCUGCGGAGAAGAGUUCAAAGCAUGGGGCUGAGGAUCGUACCCAGAACAUCAUCAUGGCCAUGAAGGACCGCAUGAAGAUCAGGGAGAGGAACAAGCCGGAGAUCUUUGACGUGAUCCGGGAUGUGUUUGUCAUCAGCAAGGUGAUCCACGCUCAGCAGAUGAAGACCAUCAAACAGAGUGUAUUGGAUGGAACCUCCAAGUGGUCAGCCAAGAUCACCAUCACAGGUACACAGACACAGGGAGUAAUGUUAUGGCACCAGUGGUCAUGUUCCACAAACUGUUCUAUUCUACUGUAAAUCGUCUCUUUCUCUUCCCAUCUGACUUUGUCCAUGUCUCUCUAUUGAUGUCAACCUGCCUCCUGUCCCACAUCAUCUGCCUGUCUGCAGUGCUGUGUGCCCAGGGACUGCAGGCCAAAGAUAAGACGGGUUCCAGUGACCCCUAUGUCACGGUCCAGGUGGGCAAGACCAAGAAGAGGACCAAGACCAUCUAUGGCAACCUCAACCCUGUCUGGGAGGAGAACUUCCACUUGUGAGGCUAUUUAACCUGGCCCUGCUAAUGUCUGGGAUCUUGUGUGUAGUCGGUAGUAUUCUCUUGUAAAAAUGUGGGUUCCUAUGUGUAAUAAGGUGGGUUCUAUGUGUAGUAAAGUGGGUUCCUAUGUGUAGUAAAGUGGAUUUCUAUGUGUAGUAAAGUGGGUUCUUAAGCGGGUUUGUAUGUGUAAUAAAGUGGGGUUCCUAUGUGUAAUAAAGUAGGUUCCUACGUGGGGUUCUAUGUGUAGUAAAGUGGGGUUCUAUGUGUAGUAAAGUAGGUUUCUAUGUGUAGUAAAGUGGGUGUUUAUGUGUAAGCAGGCCAUGGCAUGACUAAGCCUCAGGCUGUCUAGGUUUCCUCACCCAAAGGAGUCUGUAGUCCUAUUAACACACUUCCACAUUGUCACACGCUGUCUGGAGCCUUCUGACAAUGUCAGACACUCAUUUAUUCAGGGUAGUGGUACACAUGUGUAAUUAACUCUUUCGUCGUUCCCCUUAAUUGACAUUAGGCCAAACCAAGUUCAGUUUAAUUAUCGAAGAAUGAACUGCAAUGUGUACAUCAAAGCAAUGUAAUUACCAUGCAUAUCAUUUCUUGGUAUCAAGUCUUCACAUUUACACUACCUUACUCAUUUUCUCCCCCAGCGAGUGUCAUAACUCAUCGGACCGUAUCAAGGUACGUGUGUGGGACGAGGACGAUGACAUCAAGUCCCGGGUGAAGCAGCGUCUAAAGAGAGAGUCAGAUGACUUCCUGGGUCAGAGCAUCAUCGAGGUCCGCACGCUCAGCGGAGAGAUGGACGUCUGGUACAACCUGGGUACGUCACAAGUCCUCUCUACAGUAUAAUGUGUGCUGUUUGUGAGAGGAAGGUUGUGUGUUGGAGACCCAUUGUUAUUAUGUUAAGUAAAGGUAAAGAUGAGUUGUUGGGGCACUACACAACAUCACAGCCCCGAGAAAUAGUAGUCAGGACACAAUGGACAACUUCUAUUCUUCAUUUUAAUUUAUAAACUGGGGUGUUUCGAGCCCUGAAUUCUGAUUGGCUGACAGCCAUGGUAUAUCAGAGCGUGUACCACAGGUAUGACAAAACAUUUAUUUUUGCUGCUCUAAUUACGUUGGUAACCAGUUUAUAAUAGCAAUAAGGCACAUCGGUUAUUAUUGCUUAAAUAAUCCCUCCUUCAUGUAAUCUCUGGAGCGAAUCAAUCAAUCAAUCAAAUGAAUUUAUGAAGCCCUUUUUACAUCAGCAGAUGUCACAAAGUGCUAUACAGAAACCCAGCCUAAAACCCUAAACCGCAAGCAAUGCAGAUGUAGAAGCACGGGGGCUAGGAAGACCUCCCUAGAAAGGCAGGAACCUAGGGAGGAACCAGGCUCUGAGGGGUGGCCAGUCCUCUUCUGGCUGUUCCAGGUGGACAUUAUAAGAGUACAUGGCCAUGAAGGCCAGAUUGUUCUUCAAGAUGUUCAUAGAUGACCAGCAGGGUCAAAUAAUAAUCACAGUGGUUGCGAAGCUAUUCAAAUGUUCCAGUAGCAGGUCAACUGAGGCGGUUGAACAGGGAAGUCUCUGUUCUUUAUAGCCAGGGCAGUGCCGGUCUCUCCUCUAUAUAACCUGACAUAGCAUCCCUCUCCCUUUCACAGCCUCUCCUCAGUCCUCACAUGCCGAGAGGCUAUAUUUUUUGUGUGUGUGGGUCUUUGUUGGGAUUCAGACGGAAGUGCUUUUAUUCAGCCGUCACGUUGAAAGAAUAUUCCCUUCUACUCAUCUGAUGGGGCUGGUGUGAGAGUCAAACAUUUGAGAUUAUCAGAAGGAGGUUGGUUCUUCAGAUGUGUACUGCUAUAAUCCCGAUCACUCAUAAAUCCACUCUUCUAAGUUACGCCGGCCAAAGGCAUAUUCUGUUAGCUUCCUCCUUGCAUCCGCCAAACCCCCACCCCUUAAAUGUUUUUUUAAAUCAUACUCUAUCAUUAGUUUGCUCUAUAGGAGGGCUGAAAUCAACCCUUUAAACGAACAGAUUGUUAGUUGCUGCACAGUGCUUUGUCUUAAUGGACUAUCUGUCAGAGGGCUAGUUAAUGAUGGGUAGAAAGUCUAAGAAGAAGACUCUUAUUGAAGACAUCUUACAGUAACUAAGUGGGUUAGCUAGCAUCAUAGCGCAUCUGCCUCUCUCAUGUCACCAGCUCUGUUCUAAAUCCCAGCCCUCUUCUGUAGUCCAGUCUUCUACCUCAUUACCCACGUCUCCCUUGGCCAGCAGCACCAUUUUUCUUGUCCAAUUACUUGACUUUUUAAAAGGACUCCACCAUGAUACUACUGAAACAAGCCUUCAAAGGAACAACACUUCUUGAAUGUUAAAGGGGUUAUGGGGUGGUUGUGAAGUGUGUUAGCUCUAUGAAAAGGGGAAAUGUAUGUACAGUGGGGAAAAAAGUAUUUAGUCAGCCACCAAUUGUGCAAGUUCUCCCACUUAAAAAGAUGAGAGAGGCCUGUAAUUUUCAUCAUAGGUACACGUCAACUAUGACAGACAAAUUGAGAAUUUCUUUUCCAGAAAAUCCCAUUGUAGGAUUUUUAAUGAAUUUAUUUGCAAAUUAUGGUGGAAAAUAAGUAUUUGGUCACCAACAAACAAGCAAGAUUUCUGGCUCUCACAGACCUGUAACUUCUUCUUUAAGAGGCUCCUCUGUCCUCCACUCGUUACCUGUAUUAAUGGCACCUGUUUGAACUUGUUAUCAGUAUAAAAGACACCUGUCCACAACCUCAAACAGUCACACUCCAAACUCCACUAUGGCCAAGACCAAAGAGCUGUCAAAGGACACCAGAAACACAAUUGUAGACCUGCACCAGGCUGGGAAGACUGAAUCUGCAAUAGGUAAGCAGCUUGGUUUGAAGAAAUCAACUGUGGGAGCAAUUAUUAGGAAAUGGAAGACAUACAAGACCACUGAUAAUCUCCUUCGAUCUGGGGCUCCACGCAAGAUCUCACCCCGUGGGGUCAAAAUGAUCACAAGAACGAUGAGGUGCCGUUCCCCUCACAGCUCCAUAGGCAAGCACCAUGGUCUUGUAACAGAUGCGAGCUUCAACUGGAAGCCAGUGGAGUGUGCGGAGGAGCGGGGUGAUGUGAGAGAACUUGGGAAGGUUGAACACCAGACGGGCUGCGGCAUUCUGGAUGAGUUGUAGGGGUUUAAUGGCACAGGCAGGGAGCCCAGCCAACAGCGAGUUGCAGUAAUCCAGACGGGAGAUGACAAGUGCCUGGAUUAGGACCUGUGCCGCUUCCUGUGUAAGGCAGGGUCGUACUCUCCGAAUGUUGUAGAGCAUGAACCUACAGGAUCGGGUCACCGCCUUGAUGUUAGCGGAGAACGACAGGGUGUUGUCCAGGGUCACGCCAAGGCUCUUCGCACUCUGGGAGGAGGACACAACGGAGUUGUCAACCGUGAUGGCGAGAUCAUGGAACGGGCAGUCCUUCCCCGGGAGGAAGAGCAGCUCCGUCUUGCCAAGGUUCAGCUUGAGGUGGUGAUCCGUCAGCCAUACCGAUAUGUCUGCCAGACAUGCAGAGAUGCGAUUCGCCACCUGGUUAUCAGAAGCGGGAAAGGAGAAGAUUUGUUGUGUAUCGUCAGCGUAGCAAUGAUAGGAGAGGCCAUGUGAGGAUAUGACAGAGCCAAGUGACUUGGUGUAUAGCGAGAAUAGGAGAGGGCCUAGAACUGAGCCCUGGGGGACACCAGUGGUGAGAGCACGUGGUGCGGAGACAGCUUCUCGCCACGCCACUUGGUAGGAGCGACCGGUCAGGUAGGACGCAAUCCAAGAGUGAGCCGCGCCGGAGAUGCCCAGCUCGGAGAGGGUGGAGAGGAGGAUCUGAUGGUUCACAGUAUCAAAGGCAGCAGACAGGUCUAGAAGGACAAGAGCAGAGGAGAGAGAGUUAGCUUUAGCAGUGCGGAGAGCCUCCGUGACACAGAGAAGAGCAGUCUCAGUUGAAUGACCAGUCUUGAAACCUGACUGGUUUGGAUCAAGAAGGUAAUUCUGAGAGAGAUAGCAAGAGAGUUGGCUAGAGACGGCACGCUCAAUAGUUUUGGAAAGAAAAUAAAGAAGGGAUACUGGUCUGUAGUUGUUGACAUCAGAGGGAUCGAGUGUUGUUUUUUUUGAGAAGGGGUGCAACUCUCGCUCUCUUGAAGACGGAAGGGACAUAGCCAGCGGUCAAGGAUGAGUUGAUCAGCGAGGUGAGGUAGGGGAGAAGGUCACCGGAGAUGGUCUGGAGAAAAGAGGAGGGGAUAGGGUCAAGCGGGCAGGUUGUUGGGCGGCCUGCAGUCACAAGUCGCAAGAUUUUAUCUGGAGAGAGAGGGGAGAAAGAAGUCAAAGCAUAGGGUAGGGCAGUGUGAGCAGGACCAGCAGUGUCAUUUGACUUAUCAAACGAGGAUCGGAUGUCGUCAACCUUCUUUUCAAAGUGGUUGACGAAGUCAUCCACAGAGGGGGAGGGGGGGGGGGGAUUCAGCAGGGAGGAGAAUGUGGCAAAGAGCUUCCUAGGGUUAGAGGCAGAUGCUUGGAAUUUAGAGUGGUAGAAAGUGGCCUUAGCAGCAGAAACAGAUGAAGAAAAUGUAGAGAGGAGGGAGUGAAAAGAUGCCAGGUCCGCAGGGAGUCUAGCUUUCUUCCAUUUCCGCUCAGCUGCCCGGAGCUCUGUUCUGUGAGCUCGCAAUGAGUCAUCAAGCCACGUAGCUGGAGGGGAGGACCGAGCCGGCCGGGAGGAUAGGGGACAUAGAGAGUCAAAGGAUGCAGAAAGGGAGGAGAGGAGGGUUGAGGAGGCAGAAUCAGGAGAUUGGAGGGAGAAGGAUUAAGCAGAGGGAAGAGAUGAUAGGAUGGAAGAGGAGAGAGUAGCGGGAGAGAGAGAGCGAAGGUUGCGGCGGCGCAUUACCAUCUGUGUAGGGGCAGAGUGAGUAGUGUUGGAGGAGAGCGAGAGAGAAAAGGAUACAAAGUAGUGGUCGGAGACAUGGAGGGGAGUUGCAGUGAGAUUAGUAGAAGAACAGCAUCUAGUAAAGAUGAGGUCAAGCGUAUUGCCUGCCUUGUGAGUAGGGGGGGACGGUGAGAGGGUGAGGUCAAAAGAGGAGAGGAGUGGAAAGAAGGAGGCAGAGAGAAAUGAGUCAAAUGUAGACGUAGGGAGGUUGAAAUCCCCUGUGAGGGGUGAGCCAUCCUCAGGAAAGGAACUUAUCAAGGCGUCAAGCUCAUUGAUGAACUCUCCAAGGGAACCUGGAGGGCGAUAGAUGACAAGGAUAUUAAGCUUAAAUGGGCUAGUGACUGUGACAGCAUGGAAUUCAAAUGAGGAGAUAGACAGAUGGGGGGACACAUGGGGGGACCUAGUGAAUGACCUGCAGAGAGCUGGGACCAAAGUAACAAAGCCUACCAUCAGUAACACACUACGCCGCUAGGGACUCAAAUCCUGCAGUGCCAGACGUGUCCCCCUGCUUAAGCCAGUACAUGUCCAGGCCCGUCUGAAGUUUGCUAGAGUGCAUUUGGAUGAUCCAGAAGAGGAUUGGGAGAAUGUCAUAUGGUCAGAUGAAACCAAAAUAUAACUUUUUGGUAAAAACUCAACUCGUCGUGUUUGGAUUACAAAGAAUGCUGAGUUGCAUCCAAAGAACACCAUACCUACUGUGAAGCAUGGGGGUGGAAACAUCAUGCUUUGGGGCUGUUUUUCUGCAAAGGGACCAGGACGACUGAUCCGUGUAAAGGACAGAAUGAAUGGGGCCAUGUAUCGUGAGAUUUUGAGUGAAAACCUCCUUCCAUCAGCAAGGGCAUUGAAGAUGAAACGUGGCUGGGUCUUUCAGCAUGACAAUGAUCCCAACCACACCGCCCGGGCAACGAAGGAGUGGCUUCGUAAGAAGCAUUUCAAGGUCCUGGAGUGGCCUAGCCAGUCUCCAGAUCUCAACCCCAUAGAAAAUCUUUGGAGGGAGUUGAAAGUCCGUGUUGCCCAGCGACAGCCCCAAAACAUCACUGCUCUAGAGGAGAUCUGCAUGGAGGAAUGGGCCAAAAUACCAGCAACAGUGUGUGAAAACCUUGUGAAGACUUACAGAAAACGUUUGACCUGUGUCAUUGCCAACAAAGGGUAUAUAACAAAGUAUUGAGAAACUUUUGUUAUUGACCAAAUACUUAUUUUCCACCAUAAUUUGCAAAUAAAUUCAUUAAAAAUCCUACAAUGUGAUUUUCUGGAUUUUUUUUCUCAUUUUGUCUGUCAUAGUUGACGUGAACCUAUGAUGAAAAUUACAGGCCUCUCUCAUAUUUUUAAGUGGGAGAACUUGCACAAUUGGUGGCUGACUAAAUAUUUUUUUCCCCCACUGUACACUUUCUCUAGAUUAUGUGAAAUAUACAUUUUAGCUAAGGUUACUCAUUGAAUGUGUUCGAUACCACACAGUAAAAGAGGAGAUUUGAAAUCAGUAGUAAACCCACUCCACUCCCCUACUAUCCCCUUCUCUCUCUCAACUCCCCUCCAUCCUCUCAGGGGAGAGAUCCUCCUUGAUUAUUAUGUAGCGCACUCCAGGAAGUCGACCGCUCCAACGACACGUACAAAUUAGCCUAAUAAUGUCAGGGGAAAUAGCCGGGUUGUGCUGCCGAACACGGCACUUCCAGAAUAAGACCAGCUGAAGUGUCAUCAGCCGGGAAGAACAAGAACGAAUCUAUACAACCCUGAGCCCUUGUCCUCAGUACAAACUGGAGUAGUAGUCCUAUUACUAUAGCACAUACAGAAUAGCCCUGUAACGGAUCCUCUAUGAACCUGUUUUAUUUAUUUAUAUAUAUAUAUAUAUAUGUGUGUGUGUAUGUAUAUGUAUAUGUAUGUGUGUGUAUAUGAAUGUAUGUAUGUCUAUAUAUGUAUAUACAGUACCAGUCAAAAGUUUGGACACACCUACUCAUUCAAGGGUUUUUCUUUAUUUUUACUAUUUUCUACAUUGUAGAAUAAUAGUGAAGACAUCAAAACUAUGAAAUAACAGAUAUGGAAUCAUGUAGUAAACAAAAAAGUGUAAAACAAAUCAAAAUAUAUUUUAUAUUUGAGAUUAUUCAAAUAGCCACCCUUUGCCUUGAUGACAGCUUUGCUCACUCUUGGCAUUCUCUCAACCAGCUUCACAUGGAAUGCUUUUCCAACAGUCUUGAAGGAGUUCCCACAUAUGCUGAGCACUUGUUGGCUGCUUUUCCUUCUCUCUGCCAUCCGACUCAUCCCAAACCAUCUCAAUUGGGUUGAGGUCAGGGGAUUGUGGAGGCCAGGUCAUCUGAUGCAGCACUCCAUCACUCUCCUUCUUGGUAAAAUAGCCCUUACACAGCCUGGAGGUGUGUUGGGUCAUUGUCCUUUUGAAAAACAAAUGAUAGUCCCACUAAGCCCAAACCAGAUGGGAUGGCGUAUCGCUGCAGAAUGCUGUGGUAGCCAUGCUGGUUAAGUGUGCCUUGAAUUCUAAAUAAAUCACAGACAGUGUCACCAGCAAAGCACCCCCGUAGCAUAACACCUCCUCCUCCAUGCUUUACGGUGGGAAAUACACAUGCAGAGAUCAUCCAUUCACCCACACCGCGUCUCACAAAGACACGGCGGUUGGAACCAAAAAUCUCAAAUUUGUUUCUUAGCCCAAGCAGGUCUCUUCUUAUUAUUGGUGUCCUUUAGUAGUGGUUUCUUUGCAGCAAUUCGACCAUGAAGGCCUGAUUCACACAGUCCCCUCUGAACAGUUGAUGUUGAGUCUGUUACUUGAACUCUGUGAAGCAUUUAUUUGGGCUGCAAUUUCUGAGGCUGGUAACUCUAAUUAACUUAUCCUCUGCAGCAGAGGUAACACUGGGUCUUCAUAGCGCUUGAUGGUUUUUGCGACUGCACUUAAAAAAACUUUCAAAGCUCUUGACAUUUUCCGGAUUGACUGACCUUCAUGUCUUAAAGUAAUGAUGGACUGUCAUUUCUCUUUGCUUAUUUGAGCUGUUCUUGCCAUAAUAUGGACUUGGUCUUUUACCAAAUAGGGCUAUCUUCUGUAUAACCCCCUACCUUGUCACAACACAACUGAUUGGAUGAAACACAUUAAGAAGGAAAGAAAUUCCACAAAUUAACUUUUAAGAAGGCACAACUGUUAAUUGAAAUGCAUUCCAGGUGACUACCUCAUGAAGCUGGUUGAGAGAAUGCCAAGAGUGUGCAAAGCUGUCAUCAAGGCAAAGGGUGGCUAUUUGAAGAAUCUCAAAUAUAAAAUAUAUUUAGAUUUGUUUAAUAUUUUUUUGGUUACUACAUGAUUCCAUAUGUGUUAUUUCAUAGUUUUGAUGUCUUCACUAUUAUUCUACAAUGUAGAAAAUGGUAAAAUUAAAGAAAAACCCUUGAAUGAGUAGGUGUGUCCAAACUUUUGACUGGUACUGUAUAUAUAUAUAUAUGUGUAUAUGUCUAUAAUUGGUGUUAGAAAGGGCAGACCUGGUUAGUGUGCCAGAUCUAGAUUGAAGUAAUUGAUUCACUGACGUGUGUGCGUGUGUCUAUUGUUACAGAGAAGAGGACAGACAAGUCAGCCGUGUCUGGGGCCAUCCGUCUCCAGAUCAGUGUGGAGAUCAAGGGAGAGGAGAAAGUAGCUCCCUAUCACGUACAGUACACCUGUCUACACGAGGUAUGACACUCAGUACAUCUCUACUGCAGACACUAAAUCUAGUCCUAAACCAGCCCUAAAAGCACAGCUUCUUGUGGGUCUCUAUAUCUCACUGACAUUGUGGCUGUCUGCUUUCUAGAACCUGUUCCACCACUCAACGGACAUUCUGGGCCAAGGGGUAGUGAGGAUCCCCGACGCUAAAGGAGACGAUGCCUGGAAGGUGUACUUUGACGAGGUGUCCCAGGAGAUAGUGGAUGAGUUCGCAAUGCGCUACGGGAUCGAGUCCAUCUACCAGGCCAUGACGUGAGUCAGAGGGAGCAGACCACUCUCUCGCGCAUUCUCUCUCUCUCUUGCACUCUCUCUCCAUCUUGCUUUCUGUCCGUCUCCCCUUCUCCUCCCCCCUCUCUCUAAUAUGAAAUAACCGUUUGGUGCUGUUGUCAUUCCCUGGCGGCCUCCAAAUGAAGGAAAGUCAAUUAUAAAUGGUCUUAGAAUGGAUCUGUUUCCAUGACGUGCCAUUCUUCAUACAGAUGCCUGUUAACCGGGUCCAUCACUCACAUAAAGCACACUCAGGUGGCCAUCCCUCAGCCAGAAUGGGGCAGGGGCUUGAUGGGAGAAAUGAAACAGCCGUCCCACAUAGGGAGGGAUCAUUCGGUGUAAUCCUGAUCCCAGAGAGGGUGCUAGGUAGCUAAACAUAGACCUACUCUUGUGCUCUGUUAGAACCUGCAUAACAUCCCAUAAUAUUCACUACUGUAGAUUAUUUUGUCCCACGAUGAAAGAAAAUGUCUAUCUUGUGAAAUUGGUUCAAAUUGAUUGCAUUAUUUACAUUACAUCAAAGUCAUUAUGAUUUGUGUGCAAGAUACAUAAUAAAUACAUGAAUGAAUAGAAUCCAUCAACAGCAUCAUGUCUCAUUUAGCUACUGUCUCUGAGCCCUCCCUGACUGUAGUGCCCUCUGCUGGUGUGUUUAGAAACUUCGCCUGCCUCUCCUCUAAGUACAUGUGUCCUGGUGUUCCCGCGGUUAUGAGCACCCUGCUUGCCAACAUCAAUGCCUUCUACGCCCACACUACCGCUUCCACCAACGUCUCCGCCUCUGACCGCUUUUCCGCCUCCAACUUUGGAGUGAGUAUGGCCUGACUGACACCCCUCUCCCCAAUUACACCAUCUUGGCUUCUACCCUGUCCUAUAACACAGGAUGCCUUUUUCUGAAUGUAUGUUUUGUUUCCCAAUCUCUCUAUCAUGUACAAAUGUCUCUAUCCUCUAUAUGUCCAGAUUACAAGCUCUGUUUUUACUUCUAUUGUUCUUAUUUUCUCUCCAACAGAAAGAGCGCUUUGUCAAGCUCUUGGAUCAACUCCACAACUCCUUACGCAUUGACCUCUCCACAUACAGGGUGAGUUACACAUAUUUCACCUGAACCUCAAAAUGAACUUGUUGGUUGAACUACACCUUCCCCUUUUAUCUCUGUGUUCCUAAUGGUCCCCCGUUCUUCUCAUCCAGAACAAUUUUCCUGCCAGCAGUAAGGACCGUCUCCAGGACCUCAAGUCCACUGUAGACCUCCUGACUAGCAUCACCUUCUUCAGGAUGAAGGUAGGCUUACGCCAAGGCCUCAGAGGGAAAUGAAACACAGACUCAGGGUUCUGUUCUCUCUGUGCAAAAACCCCCUCAAAUGCACUCCUAUCUCUGGUAGAACAGAGAGAUCUGUUAUCUUCCUUAACACACUGAAUACAGAUAUCUGUACUGUGACAGUAACUCCCCACCUCUCCCUCUCUGAAACGCUCACCAUCUCCCUCUGGUGUCCAGGUCCAGGAACUGCAGAGUCCCCCCAGAGCCAGUCAGGUGGUGAGGGACUGUGUCAAGGCCUGUCUCAACUCCACCUACGACUACAUCUUCAACAACUGCCAGGAGCUGUACAGCCGCCAGUACCAGCCGCUGGACACAGUGAGUCACUCAGACCCACUCAGGUUCUACUCACUUUCUAGUGCAGUGCUAUUUACACUAAUGGACUUAAUGCAGGUUAUUCAUAUGACAAGGGAUAUUGCUUUAAUCCAGCAGUGUUGCGUUACAUGCAGUGUUUCGUCUGACUGGGAUUGUGGUUAUAGUUGUGUUCUUGUCCAGAGCAAGCUGUGUUAGUCUGACUGUGUGGUUGUGUUCUUGUCCAGCACAAAGAGGAUCUUUCCCUGGAGGAGCAGGGCCCCAGCAUCAAGAACCUGGACUUCUGGCCCAAACUGAUCACCCUUAUCGUCUCCAUCAUAGAGGAGGACAGGAACUCCUACACACCCGUCCUCAGCCAGUUAGUACUAAAUUAGUAUUACUUAACUAAUGUACUAAUGAUUUCUGUUUUGAUGUUCUAUUUCCAGUAUCUAAUGCUGCUCUGUGCCAUUUCUCCUCCAGGUUCCCUCAGGAGCUGAACGUGGGGAAGGUGUGUGCUGAGGUCAUGUGGACGCUGUUCUCCCAGGACAUGAAGUAUGCCAUGGAGGGUGAGUCUCCACGGAUGCCCCUCUCAGGAACCAUGCAGACAUGUCCUCUAUCUGGGUCAUUUUUGGGUCAAGCUCCUAACCCACUACUACUAUAUCCCUAGACUUACCUGGCCCUACCUAGGCCCUUUCUCUGGGUGUUUGUGUGCAUUGUAGCUACAGUUGAAUUCGGAAGUUUACAUACACUUAGGUUGGAGUCAUUAAAACUAUAGUUUUGGCAAUCUACUUUGUGCAUGACACAAGUAAUCUUUCCAACAAUUCUUUACAGACAGGUUAUUUCACUUAUAAUUCACUGUUUCACAAUUCCAGUGGGUCAGAAGUUUACAAUACACUAAGUUGACUGUGCCUUUAAACAGCUUGGAAAAUUCCAGAAAAUGAUGUCAUGGCUUUAGAAGCUUCUGAUAGGCUAAUUGACAUAAUUUGAGGUGUACCUGUGGAUGUAUUUCAAGGCCUACCAAGGUAUUUCAAACUCAGUGCCUCUUUGCUUGACAUCAUGGGAAAAUCAAAAGAAAUCAGCUAAGACCUCAGAAAAAAAAUUGUAGACCUCCACAAGUCUGGUUCAUCCUUGGGAGCAAUUUCCAAACACCUGAAGGUACCAUGUUCAUCUGUACAAACAAUAGUACGCAAGUAUAAACACCAUGGGACCACGCAGCCAUCAUACCGCUCAGGAAGGAGACGCGUUCUGUCUCCUAGAGAUGAACGUACUUUGGUGCGAAAAGUGCAAAUCAAUCCCAGAACAACAGCAAAGGACCUUGUGAAGAUGCUGGAGGAAACAGGUACAAAGGUAUCUAUAUCCACAGUAAAACAAGUCCUAUAUCGACAUAACCUGAAAGGCCGCUCAGCAAGGAAGAAGCCACUGCUCCAAAACCGCCAUAAAAAAGCCAGACUACGGUUUGCAACUGCACAUGGGGACAAAGACCGUACUUUUUGGAGAAAUGUCCUCUGGUCUGAUGAAACAAAAAUAUAACUGUUUGGCCAUAAUGACCAUUGUUAUGUUUGGAGGAAAAAGAGGGACACUUGCAAGCCGAAGAACACCAUCCCAACCGUGAAGCACGGGGGUAGCAGCAUCAUGCUGUGGGGGUGCUUUGCUGCAGGAGGGACUGGUGCACUUCACAAAAUAGAUGGCAUCAUGAGGAAGGAAAAUUAUGUGGAUAUAUUGAAGCAACAUCUCAAGACAUCAGUCAGGAAAUUAAAGCUUGGUCGCAAAUGGGUCUUCCAAAUGGACAAUGACCCCAAGCAUACUUCCAAAGUUGUGGCAAAAUGUCUUAAGGACAACAAAGUCAAGGUAUUGGAGUGGCCAUCACAAAGCCCUGACCUCAAUCCUAUAGAACAUUUGUGGGCAGAACUGAAAAAGUGUGUGCGAGCAAGGAGGCCUACAAACCUGACUCAGUUACACCAGCUCUGUCAGGAGGAAUGGGCCAAAAUUCACCCAACUUAUUGUGGGAAGCUUGUGGAAGGCUUCCCGAAACGUUUGACCCAAGUUGAACAAUUUAAAGGCAAUGCUACCAAAUACUAAUUGAGUGUAUGUAUACUUCUGACCCACUGGGAAUGUGAUGAAAUAAAUAAAAGCUGAAAUAGAUAAUUCUCUCUACUAUUAUUCUGACAUUUCACAUUCUUAAAAUAAAGUGGUGAUCCUAACUGACCUAAGACAGGGAUUUUUUUUACUAGGAUUAAAUGUCAGGAAUUGUGAAAAACUGAGUUUAAAUGUAUUUGGCUAAGGUGUAUGUAAACUUCCGACUUCAACUGUAUAUGGAGAAAGGAUGAGCCCAAGAGGAUACCUAUGGAUUGUGCUGUAGACGCUAAGCAACAGUAAAAGGAAAAUAAAUCUUCCCAGUCUCUGCCGGCUCCACCCGCUGUCUGUGGCUCAGUCUUUGGCUCAGCCUUGUCUGUCUCUUCUGCCCUGUCUGUCUUUCCGUAAUGGAUAACGUUGAUCAUUACCAGUGGCUUCAGGGUAAGACUGACUAGUGAAACGGUACCAUACUGUACUAUGGGGAUAGAAUAGACCCUGUUAUUAUGCUAUGCUACAGUAUGUGACAGUUUUCGCUUAGCCAUUAGUAAUCAUGGAUUUUAGUGUUGAAUAUAAUUGAACUUCUACCACAGCACUACUGUGUGAAUCUGACAAAAAAUUGUCAGUUGACAGAAUGUAGUAUUUCAUUCAUGGUCUGGCAAGCCAUUUGCAUUCAUCAGUUGUGUAUGGCUCAUCACCAUUCUAUCCUCCAUCUUUUCACUUCUAUCUUGCUACAUUUCUUUCUAUUUGUGUUACCUUGUUCUUCUCUUUCAUUUAAUUCCUUUGUCCGUGCUCAUUUCUCUGUGUUCUAGCCCCAUCUGAAUUCCACUGUCGUGGGCAGACGUGUUAUGGUGGUAAGAGCAUCAACCCCACCCCAUCACUCCCCCUGUCUUGUUCUCCUCCCAGAACCCCACAAUCACCGACAGAGUUAGAUCUGUGUUUCCAGGGAAAACUGUCAUUUCCAACGGAGAUGCCAAGUUAAUUCUCUAGGGAAGGCCGUUGUUUCUUUCACUGUGGUAAAGAGAAGGGAUCACUGCCGCUACCAAACCUUCCAACCAAGCAAACUGAAGUGGAGAGGAGACUAAAUUUAGCGAUAGACACGUUUUUAUUUAAUUCAAUUGUCCUCAGUUUUGCUGAAUCUCCACUUAUUUCACUGUGGUCAGAGUUCCUGACUAUGUUUUACAUAUUCUGUCUCUUCUCUCAUUUCAUUGCUGAGUAUAGAGAAUGAUGUGUAAGGCUGGGAGAAGAGGGAGCAAGCUACACUGAAGCCGAGGAAUGAGGGAGUGAGGGAUAGAGGGAGAGAGCGGUAUCCCAGGGGAGAAUGGAGGAGUUCUGGGGAUGUGAGAUACAGUAAAGCCCGAUGCGGUGCAGAGCGAGAGAGUGAUAUGUGCUGGGUGUGAAAGCUGCUUAUGUCUCCUCUCCCCACAGGUGGACUGUAUAUCUCUAAGUAGUAUCUCCACUUCCCUCUGUCCACAUGAAAAUGUUCACCAUCUCCCAAUGAUAGAUCUUUCUCACGGGAGAGUUGAAUAGGUGUGUUUGUGUGUGUGUGCGCGUUUGUGCGUGUGCGUUUGUUUUAAGCACCGUGCCUGGGGGCGCUAGGGGAGUGGGGCCGCCCCACCACACACUCAUGCAGGAAGGAAGCCCACUUCAAAGCUGAGAGAGGAGAACCCUCUUGUCACCUGGCUGUGGCUGUACAGUCAACUCAGGGUGGCUGGCUGCUCUUCACUCCUCUACCUCCAAGCUUACUCAGACACUUACUCAGACACUCAUGCAGUGCCUUCAGAAACUGUUAACACGUCUUGACUUUUUCCGCAUUUUGUUGUGUUACAAGGUGGGAUUAAAAUUGAUUUAAUUGUCUGUUUUUGUCAACGAUCUACACAAAAUACUCAAAUGUCAAAGUGGAAGAAAAAUUCUAACAUUUGUAAAAAAUCUAUGAAAAAUAAAACACUAAUAUGCAGUAUCUUGAUUACAUAAGUGUUCAACCCUCUGAGUCAAUACAUGUUAGAAUCACCUUUGGCAGCGAUUACAGCUGUGUCUUUCUGGGUAAGUCUCUAAGAGCUUUGCUCACCUGGACUGUACAAUAUUUGCACAUGUAUUUUUUUUAUUCUUCAAGCUCUGUCAAGUUGGUUGUUGAUCAUUGCUAGACAGCCAUUUUCAAGUCUUGCCAUCGAUUUUCAAGCCGAUUUAAGUCAAAACUGUAACUAGGCCACUCAGGAACAUUCAAUGUCGUCUUGGUAAGCAACUCCAGUGUAUAUUUGACCUUGUGUUUUAGGUUAUUGUCCUGCUCAAAGGUGAAUUUGUCUCUUAGUGUCUGUUGUAAAGACGACUGAACCAAGUUUUCCUCUAGGAUUUUGCCUGUGCUUAGCUCCAUUCCGUUUCCUUUUAUCCAAGAAAACUCCUUAGUCCUUGCAGACGACAAGCAUACCCAUAACAUGAUGCAGCCACAACCAUGCUUGAAAAUAUGAAGAGUGGUACUCAGUGACGUGUUGUAUUGGAUUUGCCCCAAACAUACAGUGAGGGAAAAAAGUAUUUGAUCCCCUGCUGAUUUUUUACGUUUGCCCACUGACAAAGAAAUGAUCAGUCUAUAAUUUUAAUGGUAGGUUUAUUUGAACAGUGAGAGACAGAAUAACAACAAAAAAAUCCAGAAAAACGCACAUCAAAAAUGUUAUAAAUUGAUUUGCAUUUUAAUGAGGGAAAUAAGUAUUAGACCCCCUCUCAAUCAAAGAUUUCUGGCUCCCAGGUGUCUUUUAUACAUGUAACGAGCUGAUAUUAGGAGCACACUCUUAAAGGGAGUGCUCCUAAUCUCAGCUUGUUACCUGUAUAAAAUACACCUGUCCACAGAAGCAAUCAAUCAAUCAGAUUCCAAACUCUCCACCAUGGCCAAGGCCAAAGAGCUCUCCAAGGAUGCCAGGGACAAGAUUGUAGACCUACACAAGGCUGGAAUGGGCUACAAGACCAUCGCCAAGCAGCUUGGUGAGAAGGUGACAACAGUUGGUGCGAUUAUUCGCAAAUGGAAGAAACACAAAAGGACUGUCAAUCUCCCUCGGCCUGGGGCUCCAUGCAAGAUCUCACCUCGUAGAGUUGCAAGGAUCAUGAGAACGGUGAGGAAUCAGCCCAGAACUACACGGGAGGAUCUUGUCAAUGAUCUCAAGGCAGCUGGGACCAUAGUCACCAAGAAAACAAUUAGUAACACACUACGCCGUGAAGGACUGAAAUCCUGCAGCGCCCGCAAGGUCCCCCUGCUCAAGAAAGCAUAUAUACAGGCCCUUCUGAAGUUUGCCAAUGAACAUCUGAAUGAUUCAGAGGAGAACUGGGUGAAAGUGUUGUGGUCAGAUGAGACUAAAAUCGAGCUCUUUGGCAUCAACUCAACUCGCCGUGUUUGGAGGAGGAGGAAUGCUGCCUAUGACCCCAAGAACACCAUCCCCAUCGUCAAACAUGGAGGUAGAAACAUUAUGCUUUGGGGGUGUUUUUCGAGUUGCCAAACAUCAGGCUUGAAACCUUAAUGACUUGGAGAAGUUCUGCAAAGAGGAGUGGGACAAAAUCCCUCCUGAGAUGUGUGCAAACCUGGUGGCCAACUACAUGAAACCUCUGACAUCUGUGAUUGCCAACAAGGGUUUUGCCACCAAGUACUAAGUCAGGUUUGCAGAGGGGUCAAAUACUUAUUUCCCUCAUUUAAAAUGCAAAUCAAUUUAUAACAUUUUGGACAUGCGUUUUUCUGGAUUUUUUUGUUGUUAUUCUGUCUCUCACUGUUCAAAUAAUCCUACCAUUAAAAUUAUAGACUGAUCAUGUCUUUGUCAGUGGGCAAAUUGACAAAAUCAGCAGGGGAUCAAAUAUUUUUUUCCCUCACUGUAAUAGUUUGUAUUUGUAUACAUAAAGUUCAUUUCUUUGCCAAUUGUUUUGCAGUUUUACUUUAGUGCUUUAUUCCAAACAGGAUGCAUGUUUUGCAAUAUGUUUAUUCUGUACAGGCAUCCUUCUUUUCACUCUGUCAUUUAGGUUAGUGUUGUGGAGUAACUACAAUGUUGUUGAUCCAUCCUCAGUUUUCUCCUAUCAGCCAUUAAACUCUGUAACUGUUUUAAAGUCACCAUUGGCCUCAUGGUGAAAUCCCUGAGCAGUUUCCUCCGGCAACUGAGUUAGGAAGGAUGCCUGUAUCUUUAUAGUGACUGGGUGUAUUGAUACACUAUCCAAAGUGUAAUGAAUAACUUCACCAUGCUCAAAGGGAUAUUCAGUGUCUUAAAAAAAAAUAUGUUUUUACCCGUCUACCAAUAGGUGCCCUUCUUUGCGAAGCAUUGGGAAACCUCGCUGGUCUUUUGUGGUUGAAUCUGUGUUUGAAAUUCACUGCUCGACUGAGGAACCAUACAGAUAUUUGUAUGUAUGGGGUAGUCAUUCAAAAACACAGAGUGAGUCCAUGCAACUUACAGUGGUGUAACGUAUUUAAAAAUACUUUAUAGUACUACUUAAGUCGUUUUUUCUAGGUAUCUGUACUUUACUUUACUAUUUAUAUUUUUGACUACUUUUACUUCACUACAUUCCUAAAGAAAAUAAUGUACUUUUCCCUGACACCCAAAAGUAUUCUUUACAUUUUCAAUGCUUAGCAGGACAGGAAAGUGGUCCAAUUCACUCACUUAUCAAGAGAACGUCCCUGGUCAUCCCUACUGCCUCACUAAACACAAAUGCUUAAUUUGUAAAUGAUGUCUGCGUGUUGUAGUGUGCCCCUGGCUAUCCGUAAAUGUAUUUUUUUUAAAUAAAGUAAAUUGUGCCGUCUGAUUUUCUUAUUAUAAGCAAUUUUAAAUUAUUUAUACUUUUCUUUUGAUACUUAAGUGUAUUUUUGCAAUUUACAUUUACUUUUGAUACUUAAGUAUAUUUAAAACCAAAUACUUUUAUACUUUUAUCAAGUAGUAUUUUUCUGGGUGCCUUUCACUUUUACUUGAGUCAUUUUCUAUGAAGGCAUCUUUACUUUUACUCAAGUAUGACAAUUGGUUACGUUUUCCACUACUGGCAACUUAUUAUGUGACUUGUUAAGCACAUUUCUACUCCUGAACUUAUUUAGGCUUGCCAUAACAAAGGGGUUGAAUAGUUAUUGACUCAAGUCAUUUCAGCUUUUAAUUUUUUAUUAAUUUGUACAAAUGUCUAAAAGCACUUUGACAUUAUUGGGUAUUGUGUGUAGGCCAGUGAAACAAAAUCUCAAUUUUAUAAAUUUUUAAUUCAGGCUGUAACACAACAACAUUUGGAAAAAGUCAAGGGGUGUGAAUACUUUAUGAAGGUGUGAAUACUUUAUGGGUGCAUAUUUAUGCACACUUGUACACACUCAGACACACACACACACACACACACACACAAACAAACACACACACUCAGAGAGACACAACUCACACUGGUGUGUUUGUCUCCACAGAGCAUGAGAAACACCGGCUGUGUAAGAGUGUUGACUACAUGAACCUGCACUUCAAGGUCAAGAGGCUGUACAAUGAGUAUGUGAAGGACCUGCCAAACUUCAACAGAGUUGUCCCCGACUACCCAUCGUGAGUUAACCAUGACUUUGCUAAACUUAACAGAAAUGCCUAAAAAUAGGUUCACCCUAUUUUACCCCGUACUUCAUUCUUUCCCAUGUGUAGGUGGUUCUUACAGUUUGUGCUGCAGUGGCUGGAUGAGAAUGAAAGCGUUUCCAUGGAGUUCAUGCAUGGAGCUCUGGAGAGAGACAAGAAAGAUGGAGUGAGUAACUGGCAGUAGUUAUUUAAGCAAUAAGGCACGAUGCGGUGUGGUAUAUGGCCAAUAUACCAAGGCUAAGGGCUGUUCUUAGGCACGACGCAACGGGUAUGACAAAAUAAAUGUUUUGUCAUACCCGUGGUAUACGUUCUGAUAUACCACAACUUUCAGCCAAUCAGCAUUCAUUUUCUUUAGAAACUCGGUGGUUCGAGCACUGAAUGCUGAUUAGCUGACAGCCGUGGUAUAUCAGACCGUAUACCACGGGUGUGACAAAACAUGUAUUUUUACUGCUCUAAUUACUUUGGUAACCAGUUUAUAAUAGCAAUAAGGCACCUCUGGGGUUUGUGGUAUAUGGCCAUUAUACCACUGCUAAGGGAUGCAUCCAGGCACUCCGUGUUGCGUUGUCGCUAAGAAUAGUCCUUAGCCGUGGUAUAUUGGCCAUAUACCACACUCCCUCUAGCCUUAUUGGUUAAUUAUACCAUGGCAUUGUUGAAUACCAGUUUCUAAUGGGCUUGAAGGGCAUUCAAAAGUGUGCAUUAUUUCCCUAUAACGCACGGUAUAUCAGCAUGGUAGAAUUCAAUGGCUAUUAGUUCAUUCUUACAUGUUUUGUUUGAGCUGCUUUUGAAAGCAAAAGUGGAAUUAAAAACAUUUAUUGGCAUUGUUGAAUUAGAUUUUCAUAAUAGCAAGCUAGGACUGAAGGUUUGGUUAGCUAAACUAGCAAGUCUGUUUGUUUGGUUACCACGACAACUACUGUAGCUAUCUCGUAAACUUGCUAGCUACUUCUGUGGAUGUUGAACUAAUUUCUACCGACAAAUGAACACAUUUCUAGUGGCAAAUGUGUUAAAUUAUAGCCAUGGUAUAAAAUGGAUAAUCAACUCGGAAAAAAAUGCAACUCUGUGGAUGGCCAGUUCCACUCCACUAGCGCAUCAUGGAACGCGCAUUCCACGUCGUUCAUUAUUUUCCAUAGAACGCAUAGCCCCUCGUUGAUUAUUCCUUUGUCAGUUAUUCACUAUAAACUAGAUAGUUACCUUUUGUCUCCGUCCCCUUUUCCUCCCAGUUCCAGCAGACAUCUGAGCAUGCUCUCUUCUCCUGCUCGGUGGUGGACGUCUUCACCCAGCUCAACCAGAGCUUUGAGAUCAUCAAGAAACUGGACUGUCCUGACCCCAAGGUCAUGGCCCACUACAGCAGACGAUUCGCCAAGGUAACCUUACCCUCCUCAUCUGACCUACCUGACAGAACUGUGUGUACUCUAGACCAAUGCCUGGAAGGAUAGAUUGCUCUCUCAUAUCUCCACCCUUUGUGAGAUUCAUGUUAGGGAGCCUCGUCCUGAGUCAUGCUUGAUUUGGACUUUUGGCUUGAAAUGUUUUUCUAACAAUGGGAGGCAGAGUUUUGCAUUUGCUCAAACCAGCGUUGUGUUCGAGACCACCUAAUGCGAGACCGAGUCAAGACCGAGACUGCAAGUUUCAAAUCGUCACCAUAACAAAAUGUCCAGUAUUUCUGUGUGCAUAUUUCAGAAGAACGUAUGGAUUCUAUAGACAUUCAGAAUGGUGAAAAAAAUGCAUGCUGAGGGAAAAUUUGAGCCACUCUACACAUUUUUACUAACCCAAACACAGUGGGGAACAAUGAGGGCCUUCUACGCUUUCAGAGAAAGGCUAAGGAUUUAUAAAAUAAUAAUAAUAAUAUUAUUAUUAUUUUCAAUGACGUUCUGAUUUAAGCUCUUAAGUUUUUGUUAGAAAGGAAAGGGUUAACACUGAAGAGAUCCAAUCAGGAUUUUUCUUUGGUGGUCUCUGGGGAGAUAAAUCUAGUUAGCUAAGUCAGCCAUUGGCUAGGCCAUCAGAAGCUUGAUAGAAGGCAUCUGCCAUUCAACUGUAUUAGGGCAACAUUUUGGAGUGACAGUGGAAUCAACCAAUCACAUUGACUGGAAACUUCUGCCUUCUCGAAGGCCAACAGGUCACUGUGCAAUAGGGAGCAGUAGUUUUCCCACAGUUUAGCUAGCUAUCUUUUGUUGUAGGCUAGUUUGCAGCGGCUGCAGCAGGUGUUAUCGAAGAGGAUGUUUUUGCUAAUUUGUUAGCGUCUCCCUUUUCAAGAAUAACUUUCAACAAAAAGUUACGUUUCAAAUGAUCAUCAUCUGGUGAGUGGAACUGUGUUUUUUAUUGCAGCUCGCAUGCUGUUGUUAGCCAUCUCUUUCAAAAUAACUGACCCUACAUGACCAAAAGUAUGUGGACACCUGCUCGUCGAACAUCUCAUUCCAAAAUCAUGGGCAUUUAAUAUGGAGUUGGUUUCCCCUUUGCUGAUAUAACAGCCUCCACUCUUCUGGGAAAGCUUUCCACUAGAUGUUGGAACAUUGCUGCGGGGACUUGCUUCCAUUCAGCCACAAGAGCACUAGUGAGGUCGGGCACUGAUGUUGGGCGAUUAGGCCUUGCUCGCAGUCAGCGUUCCAAUUCAUCCCAAAAGUGUUCGAUGGGGUUGAGGUCAGGGUUCUGUGAAGGCCAGUCAAGUUCUUCCACAACGAUCUCGACAAAACAUUUCUGUAUGGACCUUGCUUUGUACACAGGGGCAUUGUCAUGCUGAAACAGGAAAGGGCCUUCCCUAAACUGUUGCCACAAAGUUGGAAGCACAGAAUCGUCUAGAAUGUCAUGGUAUGCUGUAGUGUUAAGAUUUCCCUUCACUGGAACUGAGGGGCCUAGCCCAAACCAUGAAAAACAGCUCCAGACCAUUAUUCUUCCUCCGCCAAACUUUACAGUUAGCACUAUGCAUUGAGGCAGCGUUUUCCAGGCAUCCGCCAAACCCAGAUUUGUCCGUCGGACUGGAUGGUGAAACGUGAUUCAUCACUCCAGAGACCGCGUUUCCGCUGCUCCAGAGUCCAAUGGCGGCGAGCUUUACACCACUCCAGCCGACGCUUGGCAUUGUGCAUGGUGAUAUUAGGCUUGUGUGCAGCUGCUUGGCCAUGGAAACCCAUUUCAUGAAGCUUCCAACAAACAGUUAUUGUGCUGACGUUGCUUCCAGAGGCAGUUUGGAACUCUGGGACAGACGUGGACAGACGAUUUUUACACGCUUCAGCACUCGGCGGUGUCGUUCUGUGAGCGUGUGUGGCCUACCACUUUGCGGCAGAGCCGUUAUUGCUCCUAGACGUUUCCAAUUCACAAAAACAGCACUUAUAGUUAACCGGGGCAGCUCUAGCAGGGCAGAAAUUUGACAAACUGACUUGUUGGAAAGGUGGCAUCCUAUGACGGUGCCACGUUGAACAUCACUGAGCUCUUCAGUAAGGGCAUUUUACUGCCGAUGUUUGUCUAUGGAGAUUGCAUAGCUGUGUGCUCGAUGUUAUACACCUGUCAGCAACGGGUGUGGCUGAAAUAGCCAAAUUCACUAAUUUGAAGAGGUGUCCACAUACUUUUGAAUGUAUAGUGUAUGUGUGUGAAACAUUGUUGCAUUUAAACUUUAGAUCACCGGUUACUUUGUGUACUAAACGUGAAAUGUUUUUUGCAAUGGGAAGUAAUAGUUGUACAUUUCCAUUGGGCCCUAUGCAGUUUUGUAGUGGUGCCUGGAGAAAUGGGUCCUGUGUGAAGGAAAGGCGCCCUGUGUGAAAAAUCCAAUGUAUUCCUAUAGAUUUGUCAGAUUUUCACUGUCAAAAUGUGAUGUUCUAAGUCCACAAUAAUGCUUAAACCACAUCAGGAGACCAUUUUUGAGGUCUGGGAAAAAUCAAAAUAAUAUAUUUUUGGAGGGUGUAGUUGCCCUUUACUUCAAUUGAACAAAACAAAUGCCCUCACCAUUGAUACAAAUCAGCAUUAUAUAUUUCUGUCAAGUAGGCCUACAUUGCAGUCAACAUUUAAUUGGGAAGUUUUUUUGGGAAAGCCUUUAGAAAUGUUCAUGCAAACAGCACAUGAUGAAUGCAAAUAGCCUACUAACCAAGACUAAGGACCGAAAUUUUUCAAUACCUGGUUUGCAUACCCAUUGUUGGCUUAGUUAGCAAUUACAGGUAGAUAUCAUAAGUUGAAACGUCUUUCCUACCUACCGGCUACCGAUAUCAUUCUUCUGUGAGCUACUCCAUGCGACAAACAGUUGAGAGCUGCGCGCUCUUGUUGCCUGCAGAUUAUAUUCUGCUGAAACAAGGCUAUGUGUGCUGCGAGCAUAUUAAUAUAUUUCACGUGCUUUGCAAUUGUGUAGGCUACUUUGUGCAUUAUUUCUCUAUUGUACUACAUAAUUAAUAAUGUGUAUACCUCCAGUACACUACUUUGAUACUGUAUGCAACAGAAGGGAUUAAGGAGUGCGUAUAGGCAAUGCCCACAAAAAAACAAGUGAGUAUAGGGCGUAUACCUGCAUAUAGCCUCCACUAAAAGUGCACUCUCCUACAUGAGUACGCUGGUAUUACAGUUGAUCUCCUUUCAGCAUCACGAGCCUGUCACACACUUAAGGCCUAUGUCCAAUAGGUUUGCCACUGUGCAAACAUGUCUAUAAUAGAUAUUUACAUUUACAUUUUAGUCAUUUAGCAGACGCUCUUAUCCAGAGCGACUUACAGUUAGUGAGUGCAGACAUUAUUUUUUAAUACUGCCCCCCCGUGUCUCCCCUUACUAAUGGUGAGCAUGCAACUUUCCAACAAUUUCCCCCACUCUUCCCUACUAGCUAGUCAAGGAAAUUCAGACAAAGUUAGACAAUUUUUAAAUGAAAGUAAAGGACAGUAAUUGUUUCUCAUGGUCUGAGAGUCCUUUAGGUACCUUUUGGCAAACUCCAAGCGGGCUAUCAUGUGCCUUUUUACUGAGGAGUGGCUUCCGUCUGGCCAUUCUAUCGUAAAGGCCUGAUUUGGUGGAGUGCUACAGAGAUGGCUGACCUUCUGGAAGGUUCUCCCAUCUCCACAGAGGAACUCUGGAGCUCUGUCAGAGUGACCAUCGGGUUCUUGGUCACCUCCCUGAUUGCUCAGUUUGGCCAGGCAGCCAGCUCUAGGAAGAGUCUUGGUGGUUCCAAACUUCUACCAUUUAAGAAUGAUGGAGGCCACUGUGUUCUUGCGGACCUUCAAUGCUGCAGACAUUUUUUGGUACCCUUCCCCUGAUCUGUGGCCCUACACAACAUUGUCUCGGAGCUCUACGGACAAUUUCUUCGACCUCAUGGCUUGGUUUUUGCUCUGACAUGCACUGUCAACUGUGGGACCUUAUAUAGACAGGUGUGUGCCUUUCCAAAUCAUGUCCAAUCAAUUGAAUUUACCACAGGUGGACUCCAAUCAAGUUGGAGAAACAUCUCAAGGAUGAUCAAUAGAAACAGGAUGCACCUGAGCUCAAUUUAGUCUCAUAGCAAAAGGUCUGAAUACUUAUGUAAAUAAGGUAUUUCAGUUUUUCAUUUUUUAUAAAUGUGCAAAAAUGUUUUUAAAAAAAUAGUUUUUUGCUUUGUCAUUAUGGGGUAUUGUGUGUAGAUUGAGGGGAAAAAUUAUUUAAUCAAUUGUAGAAUAAGGCUGUAACAUAACAAAAUGUGGAAAAGGUAAAGGGGUCUGAAUACUUUCCAAAUGCACUGUAUGUUUCAAGAAAGAAGUGUAUUUAUUUUGCCUGGCGAAGCCUUUUAUGCACUGACUGAAUGGAAGCUGAUAAUUAUUCAUUUUUUACUCCGCUGGUCUCUGGAAGAAAUUACAAUUCCUCACUGUCCAAAACCGAGUCAAGACCGAGUAAAAAUGUAUCCCACACCCAGACAAGACCGAGACACUCAAUAUGUGGUCUCAAAAGCGAGACCGGUCUCGAGUACAACAACACUAGCUCAAACCUUUGAAAUAUCCCCAAAUCUUAUUAAAGUGAUUAAUGAUCAUGACCGCCCAGAGCAUUUUCUUCAUCGGUAAACAGCCAACUCUGCCCUUUUGAGAAAUCUUUGCCAUUGCUUUUCUUAUUUGAGAGUACUAUACGCUUAUUACAGAUAUGAGCCCCAGUAAAUCACAUUUCAAUAAAAGCAGCCAGAGCAUUGUCUGGGGGACUUUCACAUUUGUCUAAAAGGAAUUGGAUAUUAUAUGUUCUCAUUAAAUCAAAAUUACUAAUGGGACAAAAUCCUUGAAUGUACCCUCUCUCCUUCUCCCUGGGGCUGGGGCUAGGGCUAGCCUAACCUGGGGCUGGGGCUAGAUCCCUGGGGCUAGCCUGGCCAGGCACAGCUUAUAGAGAGACUGGUUCUGCAUCACAAAGAAUACAUUCAUACUUUGAGGCCUUUUGCCAGUAACCUCACAUACCCCCACUUUAUGUUUACCCAAUAACCACACUAGCCUCUAGCAAGUGUAAAAAGGCCACUUCCCAUUCACAGAAAAGGAUGACAGUCAUUUAGUGGUUGGGAUUAGAUAUAUUUCCAAGGACACUGAAACCUCACCCAUAUUUAGUUGGACACUGUAAUGACUUGUUUUCCUCCCCACAGACUAUUGCCAAAGUUCUUCUGCAGUACAGUGCCAUUCUGACCAAGACCUUCCCCUCCUACUCUGACAAAGAGAAGAUCGUAAGUCUUCAUAUCCUGCCUACACAACAUAUCCUUGGUGGGUUUUUUUUGCUGAGUUUUAAAAGGGUCUCUGUAUCUAUCUAUCACUCUCUCUCUCUUCCCCUGUGUAGCCAUGCGUACUGAUGAAUAAUGUGCAGCAGUUGCGUAUCCAGCUGGAGAAGAUGUUUGAGUCCAUGGGUGCCAAACAGGUAAGCAGCAACACUAUGUAUAGGAAGAAGAGAUAAUAAGAAAUAGCUUAUUCCACAGAUGGGUAAGAUGGAGCCGGGUGGAAGGUGGGGGUGAACAGUGUUCUUCCUCACUGUGCUACGGACCACCAGGAACCUCCUGGAGAAGACUACAGGUGCGGUGUGUCUCUUGGCUCAUGCAGCUGAUUGAGCAGACUAGUAGGUUUGGAUUUAAAGGAGUGAAUGAUGUGCUACUCUGGCAUCACACCUAGAGAAAUAAAGAAUCUCAGCUAUGUGUGAAGUUGUGAACAUAUGGUUCAAUGAUGUUGAAACUGCUCUUCAUAGACAAGAUUAUGAACAUGGUAUUUGUGUCUUUCUGUACCAGAUAGUAAACGAGGAAGCAAUGGUAUGGAGAUGGUCCACAUGAUUUAGAGCAGUGGUUCUCAACUGGUUUUGCCUCUGGACCUAAAUUGAACCAGGUUGUCUGUCGCAACUCAAUAUUUGCAUCCCAACUACUUUUUAUGAUAAUUUGAUAGUAAAUGUAGCAGUAAUAUGACAAGGGAACAAUAGUCCCACCUUUUUCAUUGUCAAUAAUUCAUUGUUGCCCAUAUUCUUGAUGAAGAAUAUUAAGCUCACUGGUUUGAGACCACAAAAUCAACCAAAUCCGCUAAAUAGUUCUCUAUUGAAAAUAUCGUGAAUAUUGAAUAUUUCUUUUUUUUCACAUUAACAUACAGUGGGGGGGAAAAGUAUUUAGUCAGCCACCAAUUGUGCAAGUUCUCCCACUUAAAAAGAUGAGAGAGACCUGUAAUUUUCAUCAUAGGUACACGUCAACUAUGACAGACGAAAUGAGAAAAAAAAAUCCAGAAAAUCCCAUUGUAGGAUUUUUUAUAAAUUUAAUUGCAAAUGAUGGUGGAAAAUAAGUAUUUGGUCACCUACAAACAAGCAAGAUUUCUGGCUCUCUCAGACCUGUAACUUCUUCUUUAAGAGGCUCCUCUGUCCUCCACUCGUUACCUGUAUUAAUGGCACCUGUUUGAACUUGUUAUCAGUAUAAAAGACACCUGUCCACAACCUCAAACAGUCACACUCCAAACUCCACUAUGGCCAAGACCAAAGAGCUGUCAAAGGACACCAGAAACACAAUUGUAGACCUGCACCAGGCUGGGAAGACUGAAUCUGCAAUAGGUAAGCAGCUUGGUUUGAAGAAAUCAACUGUGGGAGCAAUUAUUAGGAAAUGGAAGACAUACAAGACCACUGAUAAUCUCCCUCGAUCUGGGGCUCCACACAAGAUCUCACCCCGUGGGGUCAAAAUGAUCACAAGAACGGUGAGCAAAAAUCCCAGAACCACACGGGGGGACCUAGUGAAUGACCUGCAGAGAGCUGGGACCAAAGUAACAAAGCCUACCAUCAGUAACACACUACGCCGCCAGGGACUCAAAUCCUGCAGUGCCAGACGUGUCCCCCUGCUUAAGCCAGUACAUUUCCAGGCCCGUCUGAAGUUUGCUAGAGUGCAUUUGGAUGAUCCAGAAGAGGAUUGGGAGAAUGUCAUAUGGUCAGAUGAAACCAAAAUAUAACUUUUUGGUAAAAACUCAACUUGUCGUGUUUGGAGGACAAAGAAUGCUGAGUUGCAUCCAAAGAACACCAUGCCUACUGUGAAGCAUGGGGGUGGAAACAUCAUGCUUUGGGGCUGUUUUUCUGCAAAGGGACCAGGACGACUGAUCCGUGUAAAGGAAAGAAUUAAUGGGGCCAUGUAUCGUGAGAUUUUGAGUGAAAACCUCCUUCCAUCAGCAAGGGCAUUGAAGAUGAAACGUGGCUGGGUCUUUCAGCAUGACAAUGAUCCCCAACAAACCGCCCGGCCAACGAAGGAGUGGCUUCGUAAGAAGCAUUUCAAGGUCCUGGAGUGGCCUAGCCAGUCUCCAGAUCUCAACCCCAUAGAAAAUCUUUGGAGGGAGUUGAAAGUCCGUGUUGCCCAGCGACAGCCCCAAAACAUCACUGCUCUAGAGGAGAUCUGCAUGGAGGAAUGGGCCAAAAUACCAGCAACAGUGUGUGAAAACCUUGUGAAGACUUACAGAAAACGUUUGACCUGUGUCAUUGCCAACAAAGGGUAUAUAAAUAAGUAUUGAGAGACUUUUGUUAUUGACCAAAUACUUAUUUUCCACCAUAAUUUGCAAAUAAAUUCAUUAAAAAUCCUACAAUGUGAUUUUCUGGAUUUAUUUUCAUCAUUUUGUCUGUCAUAGUUGACGUGUACCUAUGAUGAAAAUUACAGGCCUCUCUCAUCUUUUUAAGUGGGAGAACUUGCACAAUUGGUGGCUGACUAAAUACUUUUUUUCCCCACUGUAUGCCCAUGUUGAUUUAUAUUAUUUCCCUAGAUCAACUUCCUAGAGGGUAUUAAGCUGUGUACAGUAUAUAGGUUUUCAUGACCUUCCCUCUGUUUAGCAUCCCUAGUUAAGAGCACAAUGUAGUAUAUGUAUGUUAAGUAUGAAGAGGACCGGCUUUAUUCUGAAUUAUUGUCCCAUUCUUACUGAGUAGUAACUGAGUUAUUAUUUUGUUUGGAUGUUGAGUAAAGUGGUUAGUAGUUUGGCCUAGUAAUCCCUUAGUUUUGGCUUACACACCCAUGAUUGAAUUAUAGCAAUAAACUUUAAGAACUUGAGUUUAAAUAGAUGUUUCCUUCACUGCUAAAGAUUGAUAGCAGGUGGAUGAUGAUGAUGAUGAUGAUGAUGAAGAAGAGGAAGAGAAGGUGGCUGUGCUUUCCCUUUUGGUUGGGGACAGUUUGAUAGUUACCAAAGUGGUGGUGUAGAUAGAGCGUCUAACUCACCUCCCCCAUGACCAGCAAGUCAUAACUGAUUUAUGAGGAGAGAGACUCUGGUGGGUUUAUGACAUCAUUAGAAGACUGAACAUGGAGACUGUAGAAUAGAGUUAACCCCACAGAGAUCUUAUUAAAUUAUUCAAAUUCCUAAUUCUAUGGUUCACCUUCUAUAGAGCCUUUAGGAAUCCCCAUAGUAAAACCAUAGACGACUCAAUUAGCUUUCUCUGAUGAUAGCUCCCUGCGGCCUAUUAGAGGUGAGUAUUUAGUCUUUUACAGUGUAAUGGAAAGAACUUCUGCACACCGAGGAUCAAUUUCAGUGAUUAGGGCUGUGAAAGUGUGAAAUGCAUAUAGGGAACUAGCAUCCAGAAUUGUUUGUGUAUUCACUGCUGAUGAAUGGCAUAUGGCUUGUGGUUGGGUUUUUGUAACGUAAGUCAUUCAGUGUUACAUUCUAAUGAAUGCAGAUAGUGGAACUUUAAUCUGAGCUCUGUGGUUUCGAAGAAGCACAACUCUGGGGUCGUGUGAUGCCGAGGUGUUGUCUUGUUUGUGUCACGGCUCCGGCAGGGGAGGAGGGAGAUAUGGGAUGUGUGUGGGAGGGAAUGAUUAGGAAGUGAGUUUUCAGAGGAAGCUUAAGAGAAAGAGUUCACAGGAACUUCACAGUACACGCUGCCACGCUCUCAUCUGCCUGUCAAGACAAGUUAAGCACUUGAAAGACGAGACACACCGUUGGAGUAAACUUUUUUGCAGUUUUUGGUAUGGUCGUAGAUCGUUGACUGAUAAUGGCUAUUCUACUGUACACCUCUUUAUCUGUAUCCUGGAAAGCCUUCAUACAGGUAUUCAUUAUAGUCACUCUGACCUUCGAACUGUGGCGCUGACUUUUCUCACUUAUUAGGAAUAAAAUAAACUUGGGCAUUUCCCCCCCUUUUUUUUUCUCCCCCAGGGCAACAUGGGCAAAAUGUUUGCAUGGCGGCAGGUGGGUGUAAGAUGAGGAUAUUAUAUAUGUGAAUGUAUGGACAUUCUGUACAUGGAUAUAUAUAUAUAUAUAUAUAUAUACAGUAAUAUAUCGUUUUUGAACCUCAAGUAGAAAACUGACGAUGAUCCCUUUUCCAUACAGAAAAUGAUACUGUACCAUCAUUGUUGGCAUAGUCGACUGCUGUAACUUGUAAACCAACUCCCAGUGUAUCAAUCAGUUCUCUGAGGGUGAGAUCAACCGUUCUGCCUCUGGCUAAGUUGGAGGUUCACAGAAUGUUUUAGUUUUUUUGUCUCACUCCAACCCUUCAGGAAAGUGUGGAGGUGGGGGUGGUUGAGGAGGACCAAGUUGAGGUUUGUUGUUGGUGUAGUAGAGGUUUGUCAACACACGCAUUCACCACGUCAUUGUGCCGUCUCCUGGUGGAACCAGACACUGUCAUGGUUUCCCUGGUGAUUGAUCUUGUUGGGUUUUUCACUUGUCAUCUGUUUGGUAAAUAUCUUUCCUUUUAUGACCAAGGUGUUAUCCUUAACCUGUCCUCCAACUCCAAGUGCAGUCUUCUCGCUAUCCAUUACACAGAUAUCUCCUUCCCACAAUGUAAUUUUCUCCUAGACUGCUGUGGAAUCAAUUUAUUUGUUAUUUUCUUUAUUUUGUUUGCAAAGACUGACAAAAAGAAGGUGUGUUCAUUACAAACAAAUGUUCCAUACAUACAGUAUGUGCUCGCACAGUAUGCAUGCAAAGGUUUACUUGACCACUUUUACUUUACUUGACCCUUUUUAUAAAUGUAUUUUGAUUAAAUUAGUUUGCGUUACAGGUAGAGAGAUAUCUGUUGUGCUUGAUCAUCUCUAUGUGUUAGUACAUAUAGGUAACUGCCAAAAUAAAGGAAACACUUGCGUAAAUGAGGGUUAUGGCGGCUCUGUUAUGGUGUGGAGUGCAUUUCCUGGCAUGGUUUAGGUCCACUCAACCCCUUAUACGGCAAGGUAAAUGCCAUUCUGAGUGAUCAACUUCAACCUAUGGUGAAUAAUUUCUAUCCUGAUGGGAGUGGUCUCUUCCAGGAUGACAAUGCCGCCAUCCACAGGGCACGAGUGGUCACUGAAUGGUUUGAUGAGCAUGAAAACGAUGUAAACCAUAUACCAUGGCCGUCUCAGUCACCAGAUCUCAACCCAAUUGAACACUUAUGGGAGUUUCUAGAGAGUGUUUUCUACCACCAUCAACAAAACAACAAAUUAUGGAAUUUCUCACGGAAGAAUGGUGUCACAUCCCUCCAAUAGACUUGUAGAAUCUAUGCCAAGGCGCAUUGAAGCUGUUCUGGCGGCUCGUGGUGGCCCUACGCCCAAUUAAGACACUUUAUGUUGGUGUUUCCUUAAUUUUGGCAGUUACCUGUUGCUAUCCAUAGUUAUUGCAACAACAGACACAUUUGACAGGCUUUAUUUUUUUUUAUUUUUUUUUCCUUUCAAAGAUUGAUGCACCACAAGAGGAAACGGUGGGUUUCUCCCUGCGUUGUGUUAUGGAGGGGUAGCUAUGCUGCUCACAAAAAUGACACUGGUUCAUUGGUCAAAAGAUUUACCAAUCGGUUUUCAUUUGCUUUUCAGAUAUUUGCCAUAUAGCAGUGUGGGUUGUUUUUACCCAAUACUAUCUCUUCAUAAGAGACGGCAAUACAUGUUGCCGUAUCUUUUUUCCCCUACCACUCUCUGAUAGCCUGAAAAGAAAGAGGAGAAGGUGAGUGUAGUAAGGAUGUGAUGUCCUCAGUGAGUGGCCAUCCCCACUAACACACUCUCAUGUAUCACUGUCACUAAAAGUCACAUACUCAGCAGUAUACACACGUACAGGAUGCUCAUGAAAAACCUACUCAGUCUCUCCCUAUAGCCCCUGUAAGCCUUACUUGUAUCCACUGGUGCAGAACUCAUUAAGUAGUCUCCCCCACAGCUGUCCUAUACUGUACCCUGGUCUACACUCUAGACAUGUAGUCUCUGGCAGUCCAUGUAUUAGCUGGCUUAUUGUAGCAUUAGCUUAAUGGGCCGCAUCAUGUUGUCAUCUGUCUGGCUGGGGUUGCUUUAGGCCUCUGUGAGAUGGUUUCUGUCAGACCGAUGCUGUGGUUGUAGAACUGGGACACAUUGUGACCCCUGGUGGCUCCUCUAAUAGUGUGUACCUCUGAGUCAAUAUCAUGAAUCUGCUGUCAUAUUAAACCUCCAUUUUCUUUCAUCUUCUUUCUUUGAAGGUGGUGAUUAUUAAGGGGGGGAAAGGUGGGUUAGUCUGCAGGAGUGUGUCUAAUAAAACAGAGUGACUGUAACUAACUGGAAGAGAAGUAGCAGUGAUAUGUUGUGUAUUGGAAUUAAAGGGGAUCUCUCCUGUUUUCACCGUUGCUAUGAAAAUGAUGUUUGAAUGACCAUUGCCUUUUCUUGCAUUGCGUGUUCAUUUACUGGCGAAAAGAAAGAAAUGUCUCCAUUGCUGCUGGAUUAUUGUGUGUGCUCUACUUUGACUUGCAAUGUGCAUACUUUACAGUAUGUGUAUUCUCUGGAGUCAGGGAAUUAUCUUGGUGUUUUUUUUCUCCCAUAUUUAUGGUUUUUGAGAAUCAUGCUAAGCUGAUAUAAAAUGUUACAUGGUAAAGUAAAACAUGUGCUGUACUCAUACUUAUCAGACUAUCUCUGUGUACUUCUCUGUGUCUGUCUGUCUGCCUUUCUCUGUCUGCCUGUAGCUGGACACAGACGCUAGUGACCUCCUGAAUGAGCUUCAGGUCAAGCUGAACAAUGUGCUGGAUGAGCUGAGUACCACAUUUGGAAACAGGUACACACACCCACACACACAACACAGUCCCAAGAUUCAAACAUGUACACUCUCCCCAGACUCUAUAACUCUGUCACUCACUCAUAAUGUUUGUGCUGUAGUCUCAUUGCACACAGCCUCUGUAGUAUAUGGAGUCCAUUUUGGCUCUGACCCCUGUGGCUCCUUUCUCUCCUGUAGUUUCCAUGUCCGUAUUGAUGACUGUAUGAGACAGAUGGCCUCUCUGCUGUACCAAAUCAAGGGCCCAGUCAACGCCAACAGCCGCAACAUGGUGGAGGCCGACUCCGACAACAUGCUGCGGCCACUCAUGGACUUCCUGGAUUCAAAGUGAGUGGAUCCCUUGAUUCCCUCCUGCUUCCCUAUGGCCACUGAUUUGGUGGUGUACAUUUAAGGGCCUUCUCUCUGAAGUCAAAGGUUUUAUUGUCAGUAUGUUGUGCCAUGUUGCAUGAUUGUGUAUUUGUUGAUGUGUUAUGUGUGGUGUCCCACUGAACGUGUGUGUGUGUGCAGGUUGACGCUGUUUGCCAAGGCGUGUGAGAAGACUGUUCUGAAGCGGGUUCUGAAGGAGCUGUGGAGGAUUGUGAUGAGUAGCCUGGAGAAGACCAUCGUCCUGCCGCAAGGAAAUGACACCUUUGUAAGACCUAACACCCUCAACCUUUACCUUAAAAACGCCAAACACACUCUCCUAAUGCUAUGGGUGUUCCUCUCCUCCCCAUAUGGAAAUAAAAUACAUUUCAAUAUAUUUAACCUCAAGUAAAAUGUAUUUCAAAUACAUGUAGAUACAUUUACAUCUUUGUUCAAAUGCAUGUAAUGCCUGACAAUAUUCCAGAAAUGCUUGGCUAUGACAUCUAUUCUACAGGGUGGCCAAAGUGGUUCCUAAUUCGGCUUCUUAAAUUACUCUUUACGUAUUGAUCAAUGGAGAUACAGUGGGGAAAAAAAGUAUUUAGUCAGCCACCAAUUGUGCAAGAUCUCCCACUUAAAAAGAUGAGAGAGGCCUGUAAUUUUCAUCAUAGGUACACGUCAACUAUGACAGACAAAUUGAGAAAAGAAAAUCCAGAAAAUCACAUUGUAGGAUUUUUAAUGAAUUUAUUUGCAAAUGAUGGUGGAAAAUAAGUAUUUGGUCACCUACAAACAAGCAAGAUUUCUGGCUCUCACAGACCUGUAACUUCUUCUUUAAGAGGCUCCUCUGUCCUCCACUCGUUACCUGUAUUAAUGGCACCUGUUUGAACAAAGGGUAUAUAACAAAGUAUUGAGAAACUUUUGUUAUUGACCAAAUACUUAUUUUCCACCAUAAUUUUCAAAUAAAUUCAUUAAAAAUCCUGCAAUGUGAUUUUCUGGAUUUUUUUUCCUCAUUUUGUCUGUCAUAGUUGACAUGUACCUAUGAUGAAAAUUACAGGCCUCUCUCAUCUUUUUAAGUGGGAGAACUUGCACAAUUGGUGGCUGACUAAAUACUUUUUUUCCCCACUGUACUUUUUUGGGCCACCAAGCCAAAACUUUGGCAGUGAUAUAAUUUAAAUUGUGUUGGUGAGUGAUUGUCUUUGUUUUGAUUUCACCAAAUGUUUGUUCAACUUCAUAAAAACAUUUUUUUUCCAUCUCAAAUAAAAAAAUGUUGUACUAUAGUAAGGGCCUCACUUCAGCUUCAUUAAACAAACAGCCUAGAGAUGGGGCACAAGGCUGUUUUUAUUUUAUUUUAAUUUUUUAUAGAUUUAAACAAAAACUGUACAUCGUACAAUGCUCCACAAUGUGUCAAAGUAUAGGUCUUCCAAUGAGAGGCAUUAUAUUCUACAAUGUUUUUCUACAUUUUUCCUAUAGGGGAUUUAAGAAACACUUAAAAUAAGGGCUGUGUUUCGUGUAGGCUUACCUUGGCGUGACGUUUUGACAUUAGAUAGUUAAUGCAAAGAUUCUUACCUUUGCCUCGAUUCGGCAGUCUCGUCCAGAUCAUCAUGGCAUUUGUAGUUCUUAAUGAUAGCCACGUUAGCAGCUAAUUAGCAUUUCAUUUUGGGGGGGUAAAUACAGGCGAAUAUGUUGAUAAAAGUCACCUUGUCCUAGAGACAUUUACACAGGUACCAAAACGUCACGCCAGGGUAAGCCUACAUGAAGCACAGCCCUUAUUUUAAGUGUUUCUAAAAUCCCCAAGGGAAAAAAUGGAACCAUUUCCCUGUUUGAUCGCUAGGUUUUAUGGGUAUUAUGACUCAUACUGUGGUACUCUAUAAGGGAUCAAAGCUUUCACCUGGAUUCACCUGGUCAGUCUGUCAUGGAAAGAGCAGGUGUUUAUGUUUUCUACACUCAUUGUGAUAGACAUUUGAAAUACAUUCCUUGAUAACAGUACCAGUAAAAAGUUUGGACACAUACUCAUUCUUGGGUUUUUCAUUAUUUUUACUAUUUUCUACAUUGUAGAAUAAUAAUGAAGACAUCAAAACUAUGAAAUAACACACAUAGAAUCAUGUAUAACCAAAAAAGUGUUAAACAAAUCAAAAUAUAUUUUAUAUUUGAGAUUCUUCAAAUUAGCCACCCUUUGCCUUGAUGACAGCUUUGCACACUCUUGGAAUUCUCUCAACCAGCUUAACCUGGAAUGCUUUUCCAACAGUCUUGAAGGAGUUGCUACAUAUGCUUAGCACUUGUUGGCUGCUUUUCCUUCACUCUGCGGUCCAACUCAUCCCAAACCAUCUCAAUUGGGUUGAGGUAGGGUGAUUGUGGAGGCCAGGUCAUCUGAUGCAGCACUCCAUCACUCUCCUUCUUGGUCAAAUAGCCCUUACACAGCCUGGAGGUGUGUUUUGGGUCAUUGUCCUGUUGAAAAACAAAUGAUAGUCCAACUAAGCGCAAACAAGGGAAACAACAAUGGGAUGGCGUAUUGCUGCAGAAUGCUGUGGUAGCCAUGCUGGUUAAGUGUGCCUUGAAUUCUAAAUAAAUCACCAACAGUGUCACCAGCAAAGCACCAUCACACCUCCUCCUCCAUGCUUCACGGUGGGAACCACACAUGCGGAGAUCAUCCGUUCACCUACUCUGCGUCUCACAAAGACACGGAGGUUGGAACCAAAAAUCUCAAAUUUGGACUCAUCAGACCUAAGGACAGAUUUCCACCAGUCUAAUGUCCAUUGCUCAUGUUUCUUGGCCCAAGCAAGUCUCUUCUUAUUAUUGGUGUUCUUUAGUAGUGGUUUCUUUGCAGCAAUACGACCAUGAAGACCUGAUUCACGCAGUCUCCUCUGAACAGUUGAUGUUGAGAUGUGUCUGUUACUUGAACUCUGUGAAGCAUUUAUUUGGGCUGCAAUUUCUGAGGCUGGUAACUCUAAUGAACUUAUCCUCUGCAGCAGAGGUAACGAUGGGUCUUCCUUUCCUGUGGCGGUCCUCAUGAGAGCCAGUUUCAUCAUAGCGCUUGAUGGUUUUUGCGACUGCACUUGAAGAGGCGUUCAAAGUUCUUGAAAUGUUCGGCAUUGACUGACCUUCAUGUAUUAAGGUAAUGAUGGACUGUCGUUUCUAUUUGCUUAUUUGAGCUGUUCUUGCCAUAAUAUGGACUUGGUCUUUUACCAAAUAAGGCUAUCUUCUGUAUACCACCCCUACCUUUUCACAACACAACUGAUUGGCUCAAACGCAUUAAGAAGGCAAGAAAUUCCACAAAUUAAAUUUUUAACAAGGCACACCUGUUAAUUGAAAUGCAUUCCAGGUGACUACCUCAUGAAGCUGGUUGAGAGAAUGCCAAGAGUGUGCAAAGCUGUCAUCAAGGCAAAGGGUGGCUAUUUUGAAGAAUCUCAAAUAUAAAAUAUAUUUAGAUUUGUUUAACACUUUUUUGGGUACUACAUGAUUCCAUAUGUGUUAUUUCAUAGUUUUGAUGUCUUCACUAUUAUUCUACAAUGUAGAAAAUAGGAAAAAUAAAGAAAAACCCUUGAAUGAGUAGGUGUGUCCAAAGUUUUGACUGGGACUGUAUGUUGGAAUGUAUUUCAAAUGUGUAUAUAUAUAUAUUUUUAUAUAUAUAUAUAUAUUAUUUGGCAAUUUCUACCUAUUUCACAUGUAUCCUAAAAAAUGUAUCUACAAAUAUAGUUUUUAUGUAUUUGUUUUCCGUAUGGGUCAGGGGGCUCAGAUCCUGUCUGCAGCCAAGGAACUGGGGCCGCUCUCCAAGCUCAAGGAUCACAUGGCAGGAGAGGCGAAAAGCCUGACACCGAAACAGUGUGCUGUCAUGGAUAUAGCACUGGACACAAUCAAGGUUUGUGUUGUGUUUAAGUUUAUAGUCACACAUACCCCUGUGAUAAAGUUACUACUUACAGUAGUUGCUGAUGGGACGUUGUUGCUGAGCCUUUAAUUACUGUCCUCAUUCAUUGCAUAGUAGGAAAACAAACCCUCCAUCUCCCUCUGUUUUCCCCUCUUUUCCCUUUCUCUCUCCCUCUCUCUUCUGCAGCAAUACUUCCAUGCUGGAGGAAACGGUCUGAAGAAGGCAUUCCUGGAGAAGAGUUCUGAGUUGACCUCACUACGCCAUGCUCUGUCCCUCUACACACAGACCACAGACACACUCAUCAAGACCUUCGUCACAACACAACACGCACAAGGUAAGGCGCGUGUGCGCACACACACACACAAUAGUAUCAGUCUGCGUUCCAUUGUUUCUAACUAAAUACUGUACAUAACAGUCCUAAAAUAACUGUUGCUUUUCCCCUGCUUUGCCACCAGGGGUCACCAGGGGUCUUGAGUACUGUUAUAUUCCAGUAAUGGGCCUGAAGUUGAUCUAACAGCUAAAUACUGUGUGUCUCUAUUACAUACCUAUAAACUAACUUUCUCUGGCUGUGUGACUGUUCCUUGAGUUGUUGUCUAACUCUAACAUGACUCUGCUGCCAUUUAGUUUUUUUGCUGUUUGUCUUCUCGUUUUCUCCUGUGCUGCCUCUUCACCAGUGCACAAUGGGAAGGGUAUUAGGUUAACUCCCAACGAAAAAAUGCAACCCUCCAGGGGUAGGUUGUGCCAAAAAUGGAUAGCAUGUGCCAAAAACCCCUCCCUCCUUUACUCUGUGCGCUGUACAUAAACCCCUUCCCAUCUGCCCCUGCCCCUGUGGGUGAGUUUGCCCCAAACAUCAACCCUGACUGCUCCUGCUCCUGGUUGUAUGACACUACACUACCCAUGCCCUCUCCUCCUCCUCCUCCUCCCUAAAGGAAACUACUCCUGGUAUCUAUAACCACUGACCACCAUUGGAAGAUAAUGUCUUGUGUUUCUAUCUGUGUGUACACUAGGCUCAGGAGUGGACAAGCCGGUGGGAGAGAUAUCCAUACAGAUCGACCUAUUCACCCAUCCUGGGACUGGGGAGCACAAAGUCACUGUCAAAGGUUCCUAUAGGGAUUUGUAAAGGGAAAAUGACUCAAAUUAACCCUUUUUCUCUGUUACUCCCCAUCCCAACGAACUAACGAUCUCCUUCCUCAUUGUAUAUCAGUUGUGGGAGCCAAUGAUCUGAAGUGGCAGACGUCUGGGAUGUUCCGGCCCUUUGUGGAGAUCACCAUGAUCGGACCCCACCUCAGUGACAAGAAGCGCAAGUUCCAAACCAAGUCCAAGAACAACAGCUGGGCGCCCAAGUUCAACGAGACCUUCCACUUGUGAGUGCAGAGCCAAGCAAUAGUACAGUAGCCUGUUACUUACAAUAACCAAUAGUAGCCCCUUGAAAUAGCCAUUGCUCCCCUCCAUGUCUCCUCAGUAUCCUGGGCAACGAGGAUGGCUUUGAGUGCUACGAGCUUCAGAUGUGUGUGAAGGACUACUGCUUUGGUCGUACCGACCGGGUGGUGGGGAUGGCUGUGAUGCAGCUGAGGGACGUGGCAGAAAAAGGCAGCGUGGCGUGCUGGUGCCCUCUGGGCCAAAGGGUCACCGUGGACGAGACAGGCCUCACCGCCAUGCGCAUCCUCUCCCAGCGCUCAAACGACGAGGUGGCCAAGGAGUUCGUCAAGCUUAAGUCUGAGAUACGCUCUGCAGAGGAGGGUAGAUGA